AUGCGCCACGCACUCUUUUCCCUAGUCAUCGCCCUUCUCGCUGCCUUCGCCAUGGCUGUUGCACCUUUACGCUCUGUGAUUCUCACCUGGCCACACGACACGCCAGACUGCAUUCUCGAUGAUGUCAAGCAAGCGAUCAUAGAGGCUCAGGGCACGAUUACACACGAGUACACGAUCAUCAAGGGCAUCGCUGCCAUGGUGUCGGAGUCUGCGCUCGAAUCUGUCUCGGCGCUAAGUAGCCAAUACACGUACACUCUUGAGGAAGAUAGCAUUAUGAGCACGCAGGAGGACCAGAAGUAG